ACCCGCCCCACUGUAGCGACCCGUGUCCUCACCCCACCCCUCCUCUCUUGUGCUGACUUAAGACGGUGGGAUGGACGACCCUACCCGUACACACAUACACACACACCGUCAAACAAACAGACGCCUGCGCGUAAGGUGCAUGACGUUAUACCCGGCCGAGGAUCAAAGCUCCCCUGGCUCCCCGCCCCAGUAUCUGCCCUAUAUAUUCCCGGAGCUACCGACAGCCGCUACUAGAGUGUUGGCCUGCUACAGCUGGGCCGCCUGCGCUACAUCAUUCUCGCCCCUUUUGACUCUUUACGUCGAGUUGGCGUUUAUUACUGUGUUAGUGAUAGACGAAGGAUCAAACAAGUUGAUCGUAUUCUCUGCAACUCCUAUUGGGCUUUAGCAGUUAGUCCGUCAGAAGUAAGGUCUAACAGUAGUUGUUGUGAUAGUAUACAUCAUACUGUAUACCUGUGUUGUCUUCGUCUUCUAAAGGACUCAUAAUAUAAGACUGUUCGGGCGUGAACGAGGAAGAAAAAAGUUGUUGAUGUGUUUAUGAAGUGUAACUGAGAUUAUCGUAAGCUUCUGUGUAAAAGUACCGUCGAUCAAGACAUACGUCUUCGAAUAGUAAUUGUGAAAUAGUUGUUAUAGUUGUUGGGAGGAUUGAGGCAUUCCGAUAUUUUCCCCCUUCGUUUUCAGCAGAACUUUGAAUAUUUGGAGUUAAUUACCAGAGUGUGUUAUUUUUUGUUUAUACAAACAUAAAAGAGUCGCUUUGGAUUUCCUUUGUUGUGAGGAUUUUGUUGCUGUGACCCAGAUUUGGUCGUGCUGUGAUCAGUGUUGCUGAUGGCACUUAUUGUUUUGUGACCAGCAGCCAGCAGCCGAUGCUUGACACACUCUCGUUGCGAGUACUGACGUCAUUUGUAGUGCUGGCAUAACGGGUACUGGCUUGUUUCUGGUCAUCGUGUGAAGAAUUAUAUUAUUGUUGUGACUUUUCAGUUUCAAGUUGUCUACGGUCAGAUAGAUUACUGGAUUUUUUGUCUCUUUCUUCUUUGAAGGUUUACCUGUAUACGCCGGAGAGUUGUCGCCUUUUUAAAAUAACUGUUCACAGCCCCAAACGUGACGCUUCAAGUUCCUAUUCGUUGGUGUUUAUUAAGGUUUUGGAGCACUGUUCUUGUGAUCCGAAGGAACCUUGCAAGUGAUAACGAAUGAGAACUGUUUGUAGUCUUUGACUGGUACACGAGAGAAACACCCCCUUAUUCGAGAUGAACUUACAUUUGUGACUUGUUGGCGAGUACUGAACUUGCACAAACAGACACACAAAAAAGCUCCCACAAAGUGCUGAAAGUCAUCAGAGAGACGUGUGUUGCUAGUUGGCGGUGUGCUCACGAUCAGUGCGGUACCGCUGUCGUUAUCAUUCAGUGAGAGUGGAUAUAUUAGCAGUUACCCCUCCCUCGGCCGCCCCUCUCCUCCUCCCCCUCCCCCACCUCCUGAUGCCCCAGCCCCCCUGUGGACCCAGUGCCACCUCCCCCGCCCCCGCACGCCCCGCCGUCGAGAAGACGUCGUGCGCCAUCACGGCGGUGACCACUACCCUCACCACCACCAGCGUCACCACGGGACCCCUGGACCCCGCCAUACUGGCCGUCAUGCGCAAUAACAAAACACAGACGUUCCUCAGGAAGAUGGACCUUGUGAAGCGCCACCUGAUGUAUGCAGUGCGGGAAGAGGUGGAGAUCCUCAAGCAGCAGAUCGGCGAGAUGGUGGAGCGGAUCACCCAGCUGGAGUACGAGAAUUCGGUGCUCAAGUCCGAGGCCAAACCCGAGACGCUGAACAAGCUGGUGGUGCCCAGGCAGGUCACUCAGGUCACCGGCCAGCCGCCCUCCGCCACAGGCGUGGUUCAGCAGCUGUCGGGCGUUGUCGGUGGGCCAUUGUCGACGGCGACGCCCGCCCCUAGCGCUGGUGGGAUGGGUGUUGGUGUUGUGGCCGGUUCUACGUCCGUGCCGGCACAGCCGCAGCAACAACCGCAGCAGCAGCAACAACAAGGUGGUGGUGUUGUUGCCUCCGCCGCCACUGCUGCGCCUACCUCUGUGACUGUUGCCGCGGGUUCGAUUCCCGGAGGGGUGGUGGCUCAGCCUCAGGCCGGUCAGCCCACUGUCGUAGCCUCCUCACAACAAGGCACACUGCCGCCCGCACAGCAACAACAGCAACAGCAGUCGCUGGCUGCCCAGGUUCAGCAACAACAGCAACAGCAACAGCCUCCCUCUUCCCAGACAGGGCAGCCUGCCUCCCAAGUGCCCGCUCCCGGUUCUGGCUCGUGAUCUCGGCAUGGGGUUGUGGAGUGCAAAGACAUGUUAGGACGCUUUUCUCUCAGUGUCCGCACUGAAUGGAUCCGGUUUUUCACGAAUCCAAACUUAAGCAAUCCGGUUCUCCCCCGAAUCCAGAUGUAAAUCGGUUCUUGGGGAGAGAAGACCUAAAACUGGCUCGAAUCCAGUGGUAUCCGGUUCUCGGUGCGAGUCUCGGAGUCAUGAUUACGGUUCUCAUCACAUAUAGCUUUCAGAUCCGGUGCUAGGCUAUCCUUAGAUAUAUUCUCUCGGUAUAUAACAGCAGACAUUAUAAUAUGUAUAAAUUUGUAAAUUUGUAAGACUAUGAUGAGAGAUAAUACAAUCCCGUGAGAUGAGAUUCGGCUUACAGCAAAGCGAGAUUUAACCUGGACUCAACUCGCCAUGUUGUCUGAACUGAGUGUGCAGCCUUUGCAAGGCGGACUGGUUAUGUUUUAGACACUACUUAUUUAGAACAGUAGAGUUGAUUGUACUGUAUGUAGAGAGGUACUGGUGUGUGCCAUCAUUAUCAAUGCCAUUCUCACACUGGAUCAGGGUACAGUAGAAUGGGCCAUAUUACGGACAAACACUUUUCCAAAUUUCACUUUUCCAAGCUAGCUUCUUGGUUAUAUUAUUUCAUGUCUUCCCACUUUUCUGUACAUCAUUCUCUGUGACUCUUCUCCAGGUUCCACGUGGCCUUCCCCUCGAUCUCCUGCCCUAGAGAUUCCAGUCCUACUCUUUUUUUGUUAUGCAGUUGCCUUCAUUUGAGAGUAUGUCCAAUCCGUCACCACUGCUUUCUUCUCUUCUCAUCUCCGACUUGGUCCUGUCUUAUUCUGAAUAACACUUCCUCAUUGUUUACCUUGUCAGUCCAUCUGAUCCAGAAUACAUUUUUCAGACACUUUUCCAAGAAAACACGGAUCCUCUGUAUGCAAGUAUGAGAUGCGUUCUAUGCUUCACAUCAACCGGACAACAGGACUGUCAUCACAUUUAAGUUGAAAAUCCCCAGCAUUUGGUACGUCAAACGCUAAUCAAA